CGGGACCGUGCGAGCCGCGCAAGUCCGUGGCGGGCGCAGGGGCAGCUGGGAAGAUGGCGGCCUGGGUACCUUGUCGGAGGUGGGGCUGGGCGGCCGUGUCCCUUGGGCGGUACCGAGGCCUGACCGCAUCACUGGCUCGGAAGUCUCCGCGGGCAUGGUGGCUCCCAGCUUGCAGACAAAAGUCGUCACUCGCUUUCCUUAAUCGACCAGACCUUCCAAGCCUGGCUUAUAAGAGGCUAAAAGGCAAAAGCCCAGGAAUUAUCUUCAUCCCUGGCUAUCUUUCUAAUAUGAAUGGUGAAAAGGCACUGGCAGUUGAGGAGUUUUGCAAAUCUCUAGGUCACGCCUAUAUAAGGUUUGACUACUCAGGAGUUGGAAGUUCAGAUGGUAACUUAGCAGAAUGCACAGUGGGGAAAUGGAGAAAGGAUGUACUUUCUAUACUUGAUGAUGUCGCUGAAGGACCACAGAUACUGGUUGGAUCUAGCCUUGGUGGAUGGCUCAUGCUGCAUGCUGCAAUUGCACGGCCAGAAAAGGUCAUAGCUCUUAUUGGUAUAGCUACUGCUGCAGAUGGGCUGGUGAAACACUUCCAUUCACUCCCGGUUGAGGUGCAAAAGGAUGUAGAAAUGAAAGGCGAGUGGAUCUUGACGUCUAAAUACAGCAAGGAAGGAUUUUACCACAUUCCAUACAGUUUCAUUAAAGAAGCAGAGCACCACUGCCUGUUACACAGCCCCAUUCCUGUGGCCUGUCCCAUACGGUUGCUCCAUGGCAUGAAGGAUGACAUAGUUCCUUGGCACACGUCCCUACAAGUUGCUGAUCGAGUAGUCAGCCCAGAUGUAGAUAUCAUCCUGCGGAAACACAGUGAUCACAGGAUGAAGGAAAAAGCUGAUAUUCAACUGCUUAUUUGCACUAUUGAUGACUUGAUUGACAAGCUUUCAACUACAGUUAACUAGAAUCACAUUUAUGAUUGCUUUACAUUCUAAUGCAUCUGGAAGAUUGAAAGAAUGGUAGUAAAUCGAAGACCCAGAUACUUUAGGGUUUUUCCUCUUACUUCUAGUUUGUAAAUAUCC